AUGGAUGACUUUCAAGCAUCUGAAGAGACUACCUUUGUUCCAGAAGAAGUAAAGAAUAUUGUCAAGGAGGUCAUAGAAGCUAUUGUAGGGUCCAGUUCCUAUUCUCAAAGCAAGGUACAACUGUGGACGUCAACUGUAAUUGAACAAUGCCUUAAUCAGCUUACCAAACUUGGAAAACCGUUCAAAUACAUUGUUACCUGUAUUAUUAUGCAAAAGAGUGGUGCUGGAUUGCAUACUGCUAGUUCGUGUUACUGGGAUAAUACUACUGAUGUGGUUUCAAAUCGUUUCUCUAAUUCAAGUGAAUCUACUAUUCCAGCUUUUGAGUUGUCCCUUGUCGGUCUUAGUGUUGUCGUGUUUCUAAAAUCUACAGUCCUUAUUAUCGCAUACACAACUUUGUGCAGCUUUAUCGCGCCAUACAUCCUCGGUAUAUUACACGAAUUUGGCAUGAUAUCAGACUAUUUUGACCUACCAAUCAUUUCAGUCACCCGUCUAACAACCUUUGCUGUCUCUCUCUCACUGUUUUCUAUGCGGUCGUUUUUGGUGAUUUGAUCAUUAGGGCAUAAGGCCCAGAUCGUAAGCGUUCAAACAUCUUCAUCGUAUAUUUUGUUUUGGUGGGGAUUACUGUUGUAUCUCCUUUGUUUAGAUGAGUAAUCAGAUUGGAUUUAUCUGGUUUUUAUGUCUCUAAAUGCUUUAAAUUCUCAGUUGGUUAUAUAUAUUCGGUUAUUCUGCACUUUAUUUUUCAAUGAUAGUGGACAUUAUGUCAGUGCCUAUUCUGCUUUUUUGUUUGUCAAAUCCUUCUGAAGUUGUUUUAGUCACCUGUUCGUCUUUUUUGAAUAAUAAUCAUUUUUUCCAAAGAAUAGUAACUUUAAAGAAUGGAAUUGUCAGUGUUCUUAUUCAUAUUGCAUCAAUUUAGUUCCUUUUUUGAAUGUUUUCGCACAUAAAAUUUAAAAUAGAAAUAAUAAUGCCAAUUUGAACAGAAUGCUGGUGGAAACAUAAUGGAGUAUAAGCAGGUAGUAUUAUAUUUAAUGCAUGUAAUAAU